CAACGUCCAUUUAUUCUUAGUCCUCAGAGAAUUGUGGUUCGUCUUCCCCUUUUUCUAGAUCACAGAAAAUCAGUCACCAAUUUCUCUCUCUGUUUUGCAAGCGAAGAUCGGACCUGUCAUGUCCCGCUGCUCUCUGGCGGGGCUGGUGUUGGUGUGGCUGGCUGUGCUGCUGCCCUCGGGGCUGUGCCAGGAGCCGGAUGGCUGUCGGGUUCAAGAUGGGAUAGCGGGUGAGCCGGGGACCCCAGGACGAGACGCCCGCCCAGGACAGAAGGGACAGAAAGGAGAGCCAGCGCCUCAGAGUGACCUCUCCAGGGUGACGGGCAGCAAGGGCAGCCAGGGAGACAGGGGACCUCCAGGCCCCAUGGGGCUUAAGGGGUACAGGGGCGACCUGGGAGUCCUGGGGCCUGUGGGACAGCCCGGCCCGCCUGGACCCAAGGCUGACGCAAGUGGUUCCGUCGAGCUGGACCGCUCGGCCUUCUCCGCGACCCGCACCGUGCCUGGGCUCCCGCAGACGGGCUCGCCCAUUGUGUUCGACAACGUCAUCAGCAACGUCAACAACGACUAUAACGGAGCCACCGGGCGCUUCAAGUGCUCCAUCGACGGCGUGUACUACUUUGUUUUCCACGCGGUGUCCUCGGGGAACCUCUGCCUGGCCCUGAGAAGCAGCGCCCUCGUUGUGCAGGACGGGGAGAGGCUGGGCUUCUGCGAUUACAACGCCGGCGGUCAGGCCCAGGUGCUGUCAGGGGGCGUGGUCCUGCAGCUCAAGAGAAAUCAGGAGGUCUGGGUGGAGGCAGUCAGAGAGCAAAACGUCGCCUUUAACAACAUGGCCCCAGAUUCAUCCAGCAUCUUCAGCGGCUUCCUGAUCUUUUCCACAUCCUAUCCUCCCAGCAGUGUGACUGGGGGCCAGUGUCUACAGAGGACUGCUCCAGCGAUGCCGGCUCUCUGGGUAGGGCUCGUUGCCCUGGCUCUCUCACCUCUGGCGUUAUCCGAGACCUGCCCCGGCCAGGCCGGGACCCCUGGACUGCCAGGAAUUCCUGGGAUGCCAGGCCGGGACGGACGAGAUGGUGAAAAGGGAGAGAAAGGAGCUCCAGGUGAGCCGCUCCAGCCCGGGCUGGUGGGUGAGAAGGGACAGAAAGGAGAGCCGGGGCCCCAGGGGGUAUCUGGGAAGAUUGGCCGCACGGGGCCAAAGGGUCCACGGGGUGCUGUCGGCCCUCCUGGCGAGCCGGGAGAGAAAGGAAAGUCCGGCUACUACGAUCUGGCCCUGCAGUCAGCUUUCAGCGUCACACGCCGCACGACCCAUCCCCCCAGAGAAGGGGAACCCGUCCUCUUCACCACGGUCAUCACCAACAUCAACGGGCACUUCGACAUCCAGACGGGCAAGUUCCGCUGCAAGAUCCCUGGCACCUACUACUUUGUAUACCACGCCUCCUCCAAAGACCACCUCUGUGUCAACCUGAUGGCGGCGGGCAAGAAGAUGGCCAGCUUCUGUGACCACAAGAUCAACACGUACCAGGUGAACUCGGGCGGGCUGGCCGUGAGGCUCCGGAAAGACGAGGAGGUGUGGCUGGAGACCACCUUGUACAACCAAAUGCUUGGGACAGCGGGGAAAGAGAGCGUCUUCUCUGGGUUCCUGCUGUACCCCGAAGCCUGCGACAUCAUGGCAUGUAAGGCAGUGGUCCUGGUCGUCGUCCUGACCUCCGCCGUGACGUUAUCAGCGGCAGACACCUGCAGCAAAUACCGCGGUUAUCCCGGAAUCCCGGGAAAGCCAGGAGCUCACGGAGCCCAUGGGAAAGAUGGGGUCCCGGGGGAGAAGGGAGAAAAAGGUGAUGACGGGCGCCUUGUGAAGGGACAGAAGGGGGAGCCAGGACCCAUGGGGAGCCCAGGGAGGGCUGGCCUGCAGGGGGACCCCGGGGAACAGGGGCUGCCGGGCCCAGCGGGCCCCAAGGGGGCGAUGGGGUCCCCCGUGGCCAUCAACACCACGGAGAAGUCGGUUUUCUCCUUCAGCAAGACCUCCAACAUGCCGCCCAGGAGCUAUCAGCCCAUCCGGUUCGAGAGGGCCAACCUUGCUGGGGACCCCCUGCCGGGGGGCAGGUUCACCUGCGAGGCGAAGGGCGCCUACUACUUCACCUACCACGUCACCGCGCGGGGGCCCGUCUGCAUUGGCAUCCACAAGGGCGCCGACAAGGUGGUGGUCUUCUGUGACUCCGUGUACCAGGGGUACCUGGUGACCUCGGGCUCCGUGGUGCUCCAGCUAGACAAGGGCGACGUCGUCUCCCUGCAGCCCACCGAGAAGAAUUCUGUCCUGGGUUCGGAUGGAGCCGACAGUAUCUUUACAGGCUUUCUGCUUUUCCCCAUGAAAUAGCGGGGCCCCCCCGCCCGUGCAAACAAAGGUGUUGGAAACUGCCCCGAAAACCUGCGGUCUGUCACAUUAACAACUCUUUCAGCUCUGCUCUUGUUCCUCUUGUGCCAUGGGGCUGCAGAUUAUCUUUCUGAUGGAUGCAUGAUAAAGUAGGUUAAUUUUGUUUUCAAAAAGGAACCAGGAAUGUGUCCAUCUUUGGUGAAAAGACAAGGUGAAACACACUGUGCCUACUUUGCUCUCUGUUCAAGCCAUCUGUUUUUUAAUCCACGCUGUAUUCUCAGUCCUAAAACAAUAUUUCAUACUGUGUUUACUAAACUUUUUUGUCUAGAUUGGCAUUGUUGGAGAAAAUGCGUGCAUAGAGAAUUAGAGUUUCAGCUGCAAAGACAUGCUUUUGCAAGUAAAUGACAACACUGUGUAUUUAUUAGCAUGUCAAAAUGCAAAACAAUUACAGGUAUGCGAAAAUCUGAUUGACACCACUUGUAUGAUGGGAGUGCAAACAAGUUAAAAUUAACAAAGGGAACCUUCAUUCAACCGAAAUGUGAAAUAUAACUUUUAAAUAUAGAAGUUAAUAACUUUUAACGUUUGGAUACACACUUAAAGGUAAAUAUAAGGUUGUGGUUGUGUGAAAUGUGUACAGUUCUGCUCUGUUGAAGUUGUUUAACGGCCCCGCUUCUUUAUGAAACAUUGAAAUACAAAUAAAAAGGACACAAAUCUCUG